UUGAGCCACAGUGACGGUCGGUGUUGCGCGCACCCGCACACGCUCACAAUCUCCGUAUCAUCGCGCUCUGUAGUUUUGAAAUAAUUCAAGAGUGCUAGUGAUAAUUCAGAUACUGUUUCGCCAAUAGCGAGCGCCGGACGCCGCUUACGUGCGCGAUAACCGCCGGUACACCGCGCCGUCGAUCUGUGCCGAAUUGGAAUUCUUCACGCGGACGAAACGUCGAGAUAAAUCUGACGCGAGUGCAUUUACACGGGAUUCUGUUGCUGUAAUUACAUUAUCCUUGUGUGAGUUGACAGUGGUGUGUGUGCCAUGAGGCCCAAGGAGGAGGUGGACACCAAAGUCCAGACGGGGACUUUCAUCCUGUCCGAGAAGAUUGACGACACCAAGUCGAAAAAAAGCGAAAAGGAGAUGAAGAAGGAAAUGAAACGACUGGAGAAGGAGAAACAGGAGCGGGAGAAGAGAGAAAAGAAAGCGCGAGAAAAGGAAAAGGAGCGCGAAAAGCAAGCCAAGAAAGGCAAAGUGGUGUGUGCGGCGUGCGGCGGAAAGUGCAGCGGUGAGGUGCUGCGCGUGUCCGACAAGUACUUCCACACGGCCUGCUUCACGUGCCGCACGUGCUCGGCGUCGCUCGCGCGCGGCGGCUUCUUCUGCAAGGACGGCCACUACUACUGCCCGCAGGACUACCAGCGUGCUUUCGGCACGCGCUGCGCCGCCUGCCGCCAGUAUGUCGAGGGCGAGGUCGUCUCCGCGCUCGGCAACACCUACCAUCAGAAGUGCUUCACAUGCGCCAGAUGCAAACGUGCGUUCCCAUCCGGUGAGAAAGUGACAUACACGGGCGCCGAAGUCGUUUGUUCCGCGUGCGUGUCAGCGCCUCAGCGGCAGACGGCGCGAACAGCCGCGCCCGCCGCUGCGCCCGCGCCAGCGCCCGCACCCCUUGCGCCCGUUAACGCAGCGCCGCUCGGCUCUCCGCCGCGCGAACAUGCCAUCGACCACGACCGCCAGCCCGACCAGAAUGGUCAGUGCACGCCCAGAUAUGAAUGCGCCGGCUGCGGUCAGGAGUUGUCAGAAGGACAAGCUCUGGUGGCACUGGAUAGACAGUGGCACACAUGGUGCUUCGCGUGCGGCGAGUGUGGCGCCGUGCUGCAGGGCGAGUACAUGGGCCGCGAGGGCGUGCCGUACUGCGAGCGCGACUACCAGCGGCUGUACGGCGUGCGCUGCGCGUACUGCCAGCGCUACAUCUCCGGCAAGGUGCUGCAGGCGGGCGACAACCACCACUUCCACCCGACCUGCGCGCGCUGCUCCAAGUGCGGCGACCCGUUCGGCGACGGCGAGGAGAUGUUCCUGCAGGGCGCCGCCAUCUGGCACCCGCGCUGCGGGCCCGCGCCGCACGACCCGCACGACCACACCGACGCCUCCGAGCACGACACGCUCGCGCACGACCGCGCCUCCGCCGAGCUCCAGUUCUCGCUGCGGUCGCGCACGCCCAGUGUCAACGGCUCCUACUGCAGCCCCUACAGUAGCCUCACCAGGAAGUACGGCUACCGCGCGGUGUCGCCGGGGCUGGUGCUGCGCGAGUACCGCGAGGCGGGCGCGGUGAGUCCGCACCGCAUCACCACCUACUCGUACCUCACCACCGAGCCCGCGUACCUGCGCCGCCCGCUGCAGCCGUACGACCGCCCGCCCACAUCGCCGCACUUCCAUCGUCCGCCAUCGUCAGCGAGCACGCGCGCGUCGUCCCGCGCGGGCAGCAAGGCGUCGUCGCGGCCCGGCAUGCGCGCGCUCGUCGACUCCAUCCGCAGCGAGACGCCGCGCCCCAAGUCGCCGCACAUGAACAACGAGGUGAACCACAUCACCGAACACGCACAAGAACCCAUCGAGCUGUCGCACUACCCGUCCGCGUACAAGCCCCCGCCCGGCACGAAGCCGAAGAUCGAGCGCGAUGAUUUCCCCGCGCCGCCAUACCCCUACACAGAUCCAGAGCGCAGGCGGCGUUGGUCAGACACGUACAAGGGCGUGCAGGAUAGUGAUGACGAGCCUGACGGCAAGGUGAACGGCGCCGUCAACGGCAACGGAGACAUCGACCCAAAACUACGUCGCGAGGAACAGGAACUCGCCAAGAUCGAAACUGGAAUUGCACAGGUAUUCCUCAAAGAAGUAAAGGAACGUGAAAAAUUGCAACAGUGGAAAAAACAAAAUUUAGAUCCGAGAAAUGCAAGCAGGACGCCGUCAGCGGCGCGCGAGGCGAUGCCGCGGCUGCGCUACUCGUCGCCGGUGGGCGCGUCGCCGUCGCGCACGCUGGACCGCGCGCGCCUCGCCAGCGACGGCGCGCCGCCCGCGCACGCGCCGCACCCCGCGCACGCCUCGCACUCGCACAUACCCACCUACAACGUGAUGCACGCUGCGCCGCGGCCCGGGUACGGACUGCGCUCCAGCACGCUGCCCGCCGCCGCGCGACGCGCUGCCUACGUCAGUACCACUGCACACGCGCAGGGAGACUUCACGUUCAGUGGCAUGGGUGACAAGACGCAUAGCACUGACUUCAGCAGCGGCAAAUCUGACAUAUCUGCCGGCUCCAUAACUGAUGUGGACAGGAGUGCUGUGACAACAGAUGGCGUGGCCCGCGGCGUGGGCGGGUCGGUGCUGACGCGCGGCGUGGGCGGCGGCGGGUCGGCGCCGGCGGCCGGCAGCGUGCGCCGCUCGCUGCCCAACAUGGCCACCUCCGCGCUGCUCAACGAGCCCGCCAAGCUCUACCCUUACCAUCUGCUGCUGAUCACCAACUACCGCCUGCCGCCUGAUGUCGACCGUCUCAACCUUGAGCGCCACCUGUCGGAUGCUGAGUUCGAAGCCAUUUUACAGAUCUGCCGACAGGACUUCUACAGACUGCCACAGUGGCGUCGCAACGAGCUCAAGCGGCGCGCGCGCCUGUUCUAAGAGGCGCCUUCCUCGCCCCGCCCGCGCAACGCCCCUCGCCCCCGCCCAUACAUACAAAUGUUUACUCUACCCUGCACUCUUCAAAGAGCAGGAGUUAUAAACAAGUACGCAGACUACUCUGCGGCGGGUAGUCACGUCGGAACGCGGUGCCAGAGUUUGAUUUGGGUUUAGCCAUUUCGGAGUGAUUAAGUUGUUUGCAAAGAGAAGUUUAUUUAUUGAUCAUUCGAGACAUAUUGCCAAAUGCCGGUGAUUGCACGAGGUAGCGAGCGCAUUCUGUGGCGUGCCGCGCAUGCGGGAUGCUUUGGCAUAAUUUUAUAUUUUACCAAUACGACUUCGUUGUUAUUAUUUUUACGGUGUUUUUAUUAUAAAAUAUUUUAUUGACACGUUCCGACGCAGCGCUUGCGUUUGUCAAAUAGUUUACUGUUUAUUGGAAUAGGAGUAAUGAUCAUUACACUACGUUGUGAUUUAAGUUGAUCUAUCUGCAAGCUCGCGCACAUUUAAGCUUCCAUAUUAACCAUAAUAUAAUCUAAUCACGCUGAACACGGACCGCUCGUUCGCGAGCGCUGCUGCGGAAAUAUUUGUAACGUUUAUAGUCCGCCGUGUUACCCGCGGGAUGUGCACGCCACUUACCAUAUUAGUAAGGAUGGUGUGUCGACAUUUUGUUCGCUGCACGUGUCACGGGCCACGCGGCGUUAGAGUUAAUGUUCGUAGCGUAACUGCGCAUAGCAGAGCAGCCUACUUACUUUCUGUACACGACCUCCUAUAUCAAUAUUGAUGAUAUUAUAAUAACUUCACAUAAUAAUAUAUUAAAUAAAUAUAAUAUAUAAUUUAGUACGGUAUGGUGUGACGCGACGAUUCAAAGAAUUGUUGCAGGCGAGCGUGUCCUAUCGGCGCGCCGUGCGUAUUGCCGACGAACCAACUUCGUGAUCUGUCCUAUCAGUUCAGUAUCAAAGAAAAAAAACGUCAAUUUUGAUCGUGAGUGGUUGUUGGAGAAACUCGCAUUGGCGCGCUUAACAAUGACCACGCGUUUUCCUGCAGGCGUAUACCUUAGAAGCGGUCACAGCACGCGCAUCCUGCUUCCUACACACUGCAUAAAAAUGUUACAAAUGUGUGUGUGUACGACCGAUCAAAGUUAGGUGUAUACGAUUAGUCAAUAUCAACGAUGCAGCUAUUGUUUUUAGGAAACGAUGUUCUACAGAGGCGUAUAGAGUGGAUGCCUAAGUUUGAUCGGACAUACUGUCUUACUGUCUGGUGACCGCGGUACGACACGGCAGAGGAGCACAACGCGUGGCUCGCGUGCCAGCUGUGGCCCGCAGCGCGGAUCCGAGUUGAUUGAUGCCUUGAUUCAUAUAAAAUAUACAUAUAUAUGUGAGCGUGUGUAACGUUUAAUUUAGUGAGAACCAAAUAUAAUAUGUGUAAGAUACGAUAUACUAUUACGUUAGCGUUUAAGUUGGGACAUACCUAGUGCGUUAUAUAUCGGUAGCUCCUAAGUGUAGCUUCUUCUGGUGUGCGUGCAGAUUGACACAAGCCGGUGUGAGCGUGUGUGUGUGUGCGUGUAGUGUGACGGUAGGUGCUACGUGUCCGAGAAAUUUGUAAGGAAAAUGAAGGUUUACGAACGUCGUUGAUAUGGUAGCGGCCGUCGUCCGUGCUUGUGUAAAUAUUAUUUACUUGUUUAUUGAUUUAAAGGUUAAAAACACAUGCUGUGAUUGUUUAACAAUUAAAAUUAGUAAUAAUUGUUUAGUCAUAGUUACAAUUUAGAAUACUUGUAAUUUUAAUAAUUACAAUUUGUUGUGCAGCCAUACAUGAUGUUUCAAUGUCUUACGUAACAUCAGCUUGAAUCACGUAUCACGAGUCACGACGGUCGCGCAACAUAUCUGUCGACGUGCGGACCUUCUUAAGCCGCUACUAAACGUAUGUGUGUGGGUGUGUACGUGUGUAAGUGUGUGUUUGCGUUUGUGCCUGUAUGUGCGCGUACGUACUGCACGAUGCCUUCAUGUCAAUGUUAUUAGGAUUAAAAAAUAUAUAUAAAUGAAACAUACCUUAAUAACAAUAAUAUAACCGAAAUUGAAUAAGGCAUAGAGCACAAUUUAAUUUUUUCGUUAUUUAGGUAACGUUGACAUGAACGCAUCCGCCCUUUAUCAAUAUGAUGACAUCAUUGUUUUUAAUUUUAUUCUAGGCAGAUAUUAUUUUUGGUUGCAAUAAUAUAAUUAAUUUAUAUAUAUGAAAAAUUAAUAUAACAUAUUUUUUCAUUCGCAUUUUGGUGGCUUAGUCGAUAGUGUGUAAGGAGAUGGUCGGCGCGCAUGCGCCUGUGCUAUUAUAGCGUAAGCCUCGUUACCGAAGAGGUAAUUAAGUACCUAUUUCUAGAAACAAAAGUGUAUGAAUGAACACUUUGGUGGCAUGCGAUGACACGAGCGUCGCCACGAUUUAUCAUGGAUAUGUUUGUAAUCGACUAUAAAAUCUAAUGCUAGGUGCCAAUUUAAUCACGCAUAUUUAAGAAAGACGUGUCACUCAAAUAUAAUAAUAUGGAAAUAAUUUCAAUAAUUUUCUCUGUAUAAAUUAAUUUUUCAGUUCUAGAUCUGUCAUGGAUACUAAAAUUUCUAAUACCAUUGGUAAUAGAAAUAGAAAGUGAUUAAAUUUACACCUCGUAGAUUUUAGUACAUAAAAAUCCAUAACGAGUCGGAGACAUAGAGUAUUUGUGUUCGACGUAUGAAGGCUACACGUGUCGAUGGUCGCUGUAUCUGGUGCAUAAGUCGCAUCUCGCCCGUCGCAGCCGAUGUGGACGUUGCGAUCCAUUCAUUUAGUUUUCAUUAUUUUAUUUCUCGCCAUUUUUAUACACAAUUCAACUAAAGAUAUGUAUUUGUUCAUAUCUUAUUUUAUUUCUGUGUCUAAUUAAAUAUAUUAUAUGAGAAUUGUAUGCGCGAACUGUGAAAUUAAACACUUAUUAAAUUAUAAUAUGUACACACAAUUAAAUGCCUUCUUUCAUUUUGAUGUAAGCGUCGAGCGUACGAGAGUGAGCUAAAUUAUUUAAUUAUAUGUAGAUGUAUAUAUAAAGAGUUUAUUUUGUAAUAUCGCUUGUAUGUAUGCGUCGCGUCGUGGCUCCGGGGGCUUCCUACUCUUGUUAACUUUCGAUAGAAGUGGCCUCCUGUAACUCAACAUCAACGCCCGACGAAUGACGGAAUUAUAAUUUCAACAAAUAUCUAUACCAUACACAAGCCCAGGACCGGUAGAACCGAGCGCGAGAAAUCACUUUCUGUUUCCCGAGCGAGGACUGUGCUUUUGAAGUAAUAAACUUGCAUUUCCGAA